AUGAGUUCCGAGGCAACAGGAGCAGCAGCAGGAGCAGCAGCGACAGCACUUGGCACAGCAGCAGUGGGCAACGAUGCCGAAAAACUGCAAUGGAUUGUCACCAAUCAAGUGGAUGGCGUACAAAUGCGCGAAAUGUUCUGGGAUUUGAGCAAGGAUGUGGAUGUCGAUGCGUUAGCAUGCAACGAAGCCAUUAAACUUUUGCGAACAAUGACCGAGGAAGAGAAAUCGCAGUGUUGUAAAUCAGCACUGUCACUGCUGGCAAACAAGGAUGAUCCUCGAUAUAUGCAUUAUGAACGGAUUCUCUCCUCCAUCUUCAUGGCUGCAUGUAACGAAGGUGUCCUUAGCCUUUCGUAA